UUUAAACAUCUAGAAAGUUCCCUGACAUUUUGUUUUCGGCUGAGAGACAGGAAGGAGACGAUACGUGUCAGCAAGUUUUCUAUUGUGAAAACACAGCUGGAUCACGUUUCAGAGAUGGGGCCAAAGUUGAAGCCGGUUAAGAAAGGACCCAUGGACAACUACUUUAAGCCCUCUAAUACUCCGGAGAAUUCUCCAGGAUUUCGCAAACCUUUCGGCCAACAUCAGCCGAAGAUGUCUGAAGCCCAACAUCAUCGUCCGGUUAAACCAGAUAAACAGGAAAAACAUGCCACCCAUUCCUUUGUGUGGAUUGGGAGUGGCAAGACACCGAUAAACUUGACCUGCGAUAAGGCAGGGACCAUCCUGGACUCCCUGAAGAGAAGUGCAGAGUUCAAGAAACUUGCAGAAAAGAAUCAAAACAAAGAGCUAGUUAUUGUAAGAGAUGGUAAAGCUAUAAGUUCUCAUUGUCCAUGCCGGUUAAUCAAGGGUGAUCAUCUUACUAUCAAGUACAUUAAAGCUUCAGGUGAACUGAAGCCAUCCGAUGAAAACCAUGCUGCUGCUGCUGCACUUGGCAGAAGAAAGCAUCGGUCUGACGAGCUUGUGAUAUUUCAUGUGCUGACAAAAGGAAGGAAAAACAUAACCAGAAUCAUGAAGAACAAUGAACUCCCGAAAAGUGUUGGGGAAGUCACUGUUUAUGCAUACAAAGGGGAAAAGGUGAAGUAUGCUCUGAAACACGACAACCGUUUUCUGGAAAUUGUCUUCGAGAAGAACUGCGCGCUCGUUGAAAAGGGUCCUGACAUAAAAACUGAGAUGCUCGAUCUCGUUGAUGGACUUGACGGCAAAACUGUCCAGAUCAUAGAGAUCGACAAGUCUCCACCACCAGAGAGUCCACCGCAAAGUCUUGAUGAUGCAUGUGAGAUGCAAAGUGAAUCUCAGAGAUCUGAGUCUGACUCAGGUGAAAACCAAGAUCCUCAACAGCAGUCUACCACAGCUGAGACAGUGAAUGACAGCGCAGCCAAAGAGCAACCAAAGCAAACUGGUGCCAUUCAGCCAGAAAUAAUACCUCGCUCAGAGGAUGUGAAGCGGUUCCUGUCAGCCAGGGUUAGAAAUGUGGUUAAAGGGAUGAGCACUAGACUUUCUCCCGACCAGAAUCUCUUUUGCGUGGAGUAUGGAAAGAAUGCUGAGACAUGCAGGGAGGUGAGAACAAUGAAGAAACUGAUGAAUCUCAGUGAUUCGGUUUGCCAUGUGACGGCAAAUGGAACACCUUACGGAACUGGCUUCCUCCUGUUUGACAAGUUUGUCCUCACGAAUGGCCACGUAAUCAAUAACAUUUAUGACACUGUUAGUGGGCAGCUUCGUGAGCCUGUGACUCUCUAUUUCUCUCAUGAAAGUCUGGGCCAGGUGGACUCAGGAGCAAAGGUGGAGGAGGUUGUAGGUUUUGAGUACUGGUUUGAUCCCUCAGGCCAUAAGUAUGACUGGGCUUUGUUAAGACUUAGUACUGAUCAGGGAUUACCGCGCCCUCUGUUGAACCACUUUGGUUUUCUUCCCCAAAGUGGAGGAAUUUGCAUUAUUGGGCAUCCCGAUGGGGGGGUGAAAAAGAUCGAUCCAUGCUUGAUUAUUCCGUCCGAUGAGCGCAGCCAGGUUACAGAGAAGCAUCGCAAAGAAAAUCCAGACGGCGUUCUGAAAGAGUACAACGGCAUUAUUCAUUUGGUUACCCCCAAAUUCUUUUUGGAUGUGGCAGAAUCUAUUCAACAUGACAGGAAGGUUCUCACGUACGAGUCCUGCUUUUAUUUUGGCUCGUCCGGCUCGCCUGUCUUUGACGAGCACUGCAAUGUUGUUGCGAUGCAUUCAGCUGGUUACGAUUACGAAGACAGACGCCGUAAAAGCAACAGUGUCAUUGAGUUUGGCUAUCCUUUGUCCUCCAUUCUUGAACACAUGAUCAUCCAGAUGGUGAAGAGAGGAAGGUUUGAUGUGCUGAAGGCAUACUUGGCUAACAAUUAUGCACAGCAUACAAACAUCAUGGCCAAUGUGAAGAAACUGGUUGAGAGCAGAAAUCUCAUCUUUUUUAAAGAUACAGACAACAACUCAGUGAACACCGAUGAUGAUGAGAGUCUGAGGGGGUUCUUUGAAUUCCUCUUAAAGACAGAGGAGCCUGUCCCUAUGGACACGGACUGAGUGUAGACCAACAGUGCAGAGAUAGCUGCUUUGAGAGCAGCUUUAGCAGUUAGCAGCAAUGUCUGUCAUGUCUGUUUUCAUAUACAAAGAUACUAUUGUUGCAGGGAAACGUGGUGUUUUCAUUCUUUAAACAUCUAUAAUCAGUUUAAGGACAAAUGUCAUUUUAUUUGCAUGAUUUCUUUUAUUGUUAAAAGUGUUUUUUCUUUAUUUCUUUUUAUACUUUAAGCAAAUAUUACACAUUCGUUAGAUCCUAAAGGGUCAGACAAAUCAAAGAAACUUCCAACAUUAUGGGAUGAGAUUAUGUUAUUAUAUAAGUAUCAUGGAAGUGUUUCUGUCAUCGGGUUAGUAAAAAGAAACCUAUGUGCAGAAAUGAAAAAAGAAACAGGAUGUUAUAGGCUUUUAAGAGGAAGGGGUCAGUUGACUUUAAUUUUUUUUUGGUUUUAAUUUGUAAAAAAGAAUAUUUUCAUUAUCAUUCAUUUUUAAAAUCUUACAUUUAAAAAAAUAUAUGUUUAUGUAUCAGCAAGUAUGACACAGAACCAGAGGGGCUGUGAUUGAUUAUUUUCUGAUUGGACUGUUUUACUUUUGAUUGUUUUUGAUUAUUGUCUUUAUUUUAAAUAAUGAAAACAGUUGAUUACAGUCAGAUUUUGCAAUCUUCUUUCAUGUUCACUGUAUUGAAAAUUAUUUUUAAAAUGUUUUUGCCAAAUGAUCUUGCAUUGUAAUGAAUUUUGUCAUAAUAGAAGUGAAUAACUUCAGUUUUAAACAUUGUUAAUGAAAACGUGUUGAAUAAAGUUUUUUGUCAUCUUUG